AUGUCUAGUUCGUCCUUUUACCCAGACAGCAGGAGCCCGGCUGCUGGGCUGCAUUUUGAGAAUGAGCUAGACUACGAUGCUACCGUGCAGGAGGCUGAGCGAUUGUUAGCUCAAUUUACUCAAUGCUCACGGCCAAAGGGUCAGUCUGGACCAGUCACUCAUGGGCAUACGAUGUUUAUGCCGGGACCGACUCAUGACGGUUGGCAAACCAAGCGCACAGUCCAAAUUAUACCCCCCAGGAAGACUCCUACAAACCCUCCACCUCCAAAUCAUCGAAUCACGUCAACUCACAGCUCCCCGGCUCCCUCGCCUCCCCAGCCUAAGGAGCCCAAUCGGCAAGCAAGCCUCAGGAAAAAUGUCACCCUCUCGAAUGCAAACAAGACCAGAGUGGACAGAAGGACACAGACUCCAGAAUCUACAGGGCAAACGGUGUCGGCCUCGGCCUCGACUUCGACCUCGACCUCGACAUCCACAUCGAGGAAAAAUCCCAGCGAAAGCUCGGCAAUGCCUAUGCGUACGCAAUUACGCAUCUCGCCCUCGGUGUAUAAAUCGUCGCCUAGCUCUUCGAGGUCUCCGGAACCACAUGCAUCAAUGACGACUACGCGUCGCUCUAGUCGGCCUAGAAAGGAUCCAGUGACCUACAAUCUCCGCACCUUGUCAGGGCUUGAUAAAGAUGGACUCGAAAAAGACCUGGUAGUCAUUGCGGGUGGAUCAGAAGAAGACUCCACCACCCGUGUUUCUCAUACAAUGCCGAUUGUUGCAGAUUUAUCUUCGGCACCUGUUCAGACUGAGAGUGGUCCCUUACAUACUGCCACCGAUGUUCGAAGGCUAUUACAAACUCGCGAGAUACAUGGCAAAAAGCCUCACAGCCAAAUCCGAGCAGCCGCGAGCUCCAACCUCAAGGUGUGGAAGUCGUGGAAAGGAGCGUCGAACGACGUGAACACCCUGACCUGGUCACCGGAAGGAACCCGCUUCGCCGCGGGUGCUACUACUCAUUCUGACGAGUACAAUCGUGGAAAAAAUUUGAUCCUAGGCGACCUUGUGCACAAUUCUUUAGAUGAGCUCCCAGACCACUGGACUCCUCGCCCAGCUUCUGUCAGUGCCACAGAUACUCGUCUUUUCUCGAGCGUGGUUGCUGUCCAGUGGGUUGGAGAUCGACUAUACUCUGCGAGCUACGACCGCACAGUGAAAAUUUGGGACGUUCAGGCUUCUCCGAGAGCUUCUUGCAUUCGAACCUUAACGCAUGAAAGUAAUGUUGUGGUGAUGGCUCUGUCAAACUGGAUGCCUGAUCUCGUUGCGACAGGCGCUCAAGAAUUUGAGUUGUGGAAUCUUGGGACUGACCAGGAACCAACCCCUGUUCGUUUGGACAUCCAACGGAGUUCACUUCAAAAAACCAAUAUCAAGCUCACGCCAACGACUCUGACAUGGGGACAGAAUGCGGUGACGAGACGCUUCCUCGUCGGAGGGAUGGCGGGACCGUCUCAAGAUCAUUUCUCCGUCCCCCUUUAUGGCCAUCUCGGAUUGUGGAAGGUAGAAGAGUCCGAGAUAACGAGUCGCAAACUGAGUCCUGACUCGCAGAACAUUUUCGACAUCAAAUGGCAUCCGUCCAUGUCGAGAUUUGUGACCGCUAGCACCCCGGGAGUCAGUUCGUCCACGAAGCUUCCACGUGGAUACCGCUCAGUGGUCCGUAUCUACGAGUAUGAAGUAACAGGCGACAGAUUCACUGCGACUACUGAAUUUCCUUGUCCUGCUCUUGAUAUCAAUGAGGUGACACUCUGCCCCAUGAGUACCGCAUAUGUCACGGCAAGUUGCACGGAUGGAAGCACCUACGUCUGGGAUAAUCGGAAUCCUGGUCGAAUUCUGCACAAACUCCAGCACGGCAGUUCCUCCACUCCCCUCCGCCAUGACUAUGAUCGAGAAAUGUCGGAUUUCGGUGUGAAGGUAGCCCUGUGGGGUGGCUCAAUGGACCAAUUGUAUACUGGCGGCUCCGAUUGUUGUCUAAAACAGUGGGACAUCCGCCGGUCUCCUGAAGAUGCACUGGUGGCUAAUACGGCAAAGUUUGGGCAUGAUAUUGUCAGCGGGGCUUUCUCUGAAGACAAGUCCCACCUCCUAAUUGGCGACUAUGGGGGCGGCAUCCACGUAUUAUCAUCUGGUCCUUGCGCAGACCCCGAUGUCACCGAUUUCGAAUUCAACCAUGCCCCCCCGCCAAAGCCUCCGUCCAAUGGCGAGGACGGAAUCAGUCUGGCCAACGACCUCUUAAGCUCCGGUCAGCUCACAAUGCAUCGAAAAUAUGGAGCCGUUCAAGGGCCUAAUUACAUAGGCCCGUUCGCCCGGUGGGCUCGUAAUCUGCCCGAAAGCACUCCGCUUAGGAAAGUUAGCGAGGUUCCAUUGCUUGAUGAAUACCAACUACGACAGUUUGAUGGUCCCAAGGUCAAGCAUCGGAAGGGCCUUGACGACCAGGCCAGAAGGGAUAUUCGCCGGCACUUUGCCCUUGCCAAGAUUCGAAAUUCUGGCAAGACUCGUUCCGUGGCAGUUUCUAACCCGAAGAAGGUCCGGAUCAAGCACGAACGCGGCCUCAGCAUUGACAACAACGGCAGCACAGCUAAGCGUCGGUCUAUGUCUGCACCGCAUGGCUAUAAGAGACGAAAGAUAGAGUCAGGGCAGUGCUCACGAGUGAUCACCGACACCAAUCCUGUUGACUUGACUCAAGAUUCGGGUCCCGAAAAUGGCCCCAAUGACCUCGAGUGCUUGGAGGCUUUCGACCUUGAUCGUCCGGAUAAGUUGUCGGAUAACCUCGAAGAUGACUAUUACUAUCCCGACAGCGGAAGCGUUGAUCCGAACUUUGACUAG